AUGGCUGUUAGCUUCAAGUACUGGGAUGACUGUGUGGACCUUGAGGAUUUGGAGGCCAUGUGGGCUGAUCCUGAUGUCCGAGCUGAAUGGCUUAACGCUGGAGAAGCCAUAGGAUCGAAGAUUCAUCUCUCACGUGAUCCUGAUGGCCAACCUUAUCUAACGCAAACUGAGAUCAAGGCUGUAGCAGGGAUUAUUGUCCGGAGGCAUUUUGUUUCCCAGAUUGAUUCGGACAUGCUUUGUGCUAUUGCCACUCUGGAAAGUGAUAGGCAGCCUCUGGCUACUCAAUAUAACAAGAAAUCAAAAGAGACUAUGCUCGGGAUCAUGCAAAUCUUGCCAAAAACUGCAGAAUGGUUGGCCAGAGAUUUGGGUUAUAGAAACUAUGACUUCUCAGGAAACCAGAAACAUUUAUACAAGCCUUUUGUCAAUGUAUAUUUUGGCGCUGCAUAUCUCAAGUGGUUAUCAACUUACGACCAAAAAGAUAGAAGUGAAGAAUUUAUGGUAAGGGCUUAUAAAGGUGGCACAAAGAAGGCAACUCACAAGUCAACAUUGCAGUACUGGAAACGAUAUAUCUCUGUUAAGGAAAGUCUUCCUUCCAGGAAAGUCUUUGAAGUUACUGCUCUGCCUACGGCUUCUUCAGCUACAACUCCUGCAGUAGCAACUGCGAAAGCGCCAGUUAAUACAACUUGGGACUCUAGGACUUCCAAAGAAGAUAUGGAAGAAAUGUGGAAUAAUGCUAGUGUAAGUAAAGAAUGGACCAAGUCAGGGGAGAAAAAGGGCAAAGUUCGAUUUUCUCAUGAUGUUGAAAAGAGACCUUAUCUAUCCCGGGUAGAACUGCGGGGGGUUUCAGAGAUCAUUCUUGCUAAACACUUCAGCACAAGAAGAGUAAAACCUGCUGUUCUAUGUGCUCUUUCUGAAAUGGUAAGCAUGCGUUUUGUGGAUGGAGUUGGACAACGUGUUGGGUUGAUGGGUAUUGACUAUCCUACGGCACGUUGGCUUUACAAGGACGUGGGCUGCAAAGUGUACAAAGUGGAGUCGGUUGAAGACCUCACCAAGCCUUUUGUCUCCAUGUACUUUGGCGCAGCCUAUCUGGCCUGGUUAUCAGAAUACGAGGGCAGGGAAAGGACUCCACAAUUCAUUGUGCAAGCAUAUCUUACUGGACCGCAGAAGGUCAACCAUCCGGAAACAGGUCCUCUCUGGCUUAAAUUUGAAGAGGCCUUGAGUCGCUACGAAGAUUUCAAGAAAGAACACGAAGAAGGGAGUUGCACAAUUCUUUAA